CCCCGAUUCUGCUGCGUUCUAGAGACAUAUUUGAGGUGGAAGAAGUAACAAAGAAAUGGAGCGAAGCGGGCGACAAACUGGGCUCAGUUAAUGUGGAUGCGUGGAAUGAGGUGUAUGCGGAAAUCAGCCGCUACUCAGAGCAGCUGCGGUCAGAGGCAGCGCGCAGUAAGCCUAUUGCCGAAGGGAAAACAUUCGACAAAGGAGCGACGGUGGCCAUCGCAUCGUCCCUGCAGUUGGGCACAA